CACAACACCUUCACCAAACCAUAUCCCAGAAGCCAAAGCCAAACUACACCAGCCACUCCUCACCUUCACUUCCUUACACUCACUCUCAAGGGAGAGGAAGAUCGAGGGUGUCAUUCAAGUUCUUUCUUUUCUUGGGUUUGUUUUCUCUGCUUGAGUUUUUGACAGAUAUGGCUGGGACUGGACCGUAUGCAGAGAUUUUGGAUGGAGAUGUGUACAAGUACUACUCAGAAGGAGAGUGGAAGAAGUCUUCUUCCGGCAAGAGUGUUGCUAUCAUCAACCCUACUACGCGAAAGACUCAGUACAAGGUUCAAGCUUGUACACAAGCAGAGGUAAAUAAGGCCAUGGAAACGGCAAAAACAGCUCAGAAAUUAUGGGCAAAGACACCUCUUUGGAAAAGAGCAGAACUCCUCCACAAGGCUGCUGCUAUCCUCAAAGAGCACAAAGCUCCAAUUGCUGAGUGCCUUGUAAAAGAAAUUGCAAAACCAGCUAAAGAUGCAGUAACUGAGGUUGUGAGGUCUGGGGACCUGGUUUCUUAUUGUGCUGAGGAGGGGGUCAGGAUUCUGGGAGAGGGAAAGUUCUUGGUUUCGGAUAGUUUUCCUGGAAAUGAGAGAACCAAGUACUGCCUCACUUCCAAGAUUCCACUUGGGGUAGUUUUAGCCAUUCCGCCAUUUAACUACCCUGUCAACCUUGCUGUGUCAAAGAUUGCUCCUGCACUGAUAGCUGGAAAUUCCAUUGUGCUCAAACCUCCAACUCAGGGUGCUGUUGCUGCUCUUCAUAUGGUGCACUGCUUUCACUUAGCUGGUUUUCCCAAAGGCCUUAUAAACUGUAUCACUGGGAAAGGCUCUGAGAUUGGUGACUUCCUUACCAUGCAUCCUGGGGUGAACUGUAUAAGCUUCACUGGUGGAGACACAGGCAUUUCAAUUUCAAAAAAGGCAGGCAUGAUUCCUCUUCAGAUGGAACUGGGAGGAAAAGAUGCCUGCAUUGUACUUGAGGAUGCUGACCUAGAUUUGGUAGCAGCAAACAUAAUAAAGGGGGGCUUUUCUUACAGUGGUCAAAGAUGCACAGCGGUUAAGGUUGUCUUGGUGAUGGAAUCUGUUGCUGAUGCCUUGGUGGAGAAAGUGAAGGCUAAAGUGGCAAAAUUAACUGUUGGGCCACCAGAGGAGAACUGUGAUAUCACUCCAGUGGUGUCAGAGUCAUCUGCAAACUACAUUGAAGGGUUGGUUAAGGAUGCUAAACAAAAAGAAGCGACAUUCUGCCAAGAGUACAGAAGAGAGGGAAACCUUAUCUGGCCCUUGUUGUUGGAUAAUGUUAGGCCUGAUAUGAGGAUUGCAUGGGAGGAACCAUUUGGACCGGUUCUUCCAGUUAUUAGGAUCACUUCUGUUGAAGAAGGAAUCCACCAUUGCAAUGCUAGCAAUUUUGGACUCCAGGGUUGCGUCUUCACUAGGGACAUCAACAAAGCAAUGUUGAUCAGUGAUGCAAUGGAGAGUGGGACAAUUCAGAUAAACUCAGCACCAGCUCGCGGACCAGAUCAUUUUCCUUUCCAGGGUAUAAGGGAUAGUGGAAUUGGGUCUCAAGGAAUCACCAACAGCAUUAACAUGAUGACCAAGAUCAAGAGCACUGUUAUCAACUUACCAUCCCCUUCAUACACCAUGGGCUAGUAUUAAUUAACCAUUAAUAAAUGGAUAAUCACGACUAUUUGUACUUUAGCUACCAAGAAAAAUCUGAAAACGGAUUUGGUAUGCAGAAUUAAGUUUGCUUGUUCUUUGUCAACUUGCAAUUAGAAAAUGGAUGAAUAAUGGGGAUAAUGUAUCAGACAAUUACAGUGUGUCCUAAUUGAUGCAGUAGAUUUUGCAAAA